AUGUCUGUUUUGUGUCAUGUUCUCGAUGUCUUUCCAGAGUCAAAGCAGGAUAAAUCAUCUCAAAACACCCCUCUGUCUCUGUCUCUGACAUGGAUUAUAUGGAUUACCAUUCCUGUAAUUUUGCUUUGCGUGCUUGGAGCCGUGUCCUGCUUCUACAGAAGACGUUUGCUGCCAAAUGCAAAGCGACGAACAGAGGCAGCCCAGGAAACAGAAGUAAUCUACAGCGAAGCACAACUUGUGCAAAGAAACAGCGAGCCUGAAAGUGAGACGCAGCAAACAGAUGAAGUCUACAGCAAACCAACACGUUCUAAAGCUAAAAAUAAACCUAAAUCUCAUAGCAGACAAACAGAAGCAGCCCAGGAACCAGAAGUAAUCUACAGCGAUCCAAGACUUGUGCAAAGUAACAGUGAGCCUAAACCAUGUAACAGUGAGAUGCAGCAGACAGAUACAGUCUACAGCAAAUUAACACGUACAGGUGUGACUAGAGAAACUCAACAGACAGAUAUGAUCUACAGUGAAACAACACAUUCCCGAUCUAAAAGGAAACCGAAAUCUAGCAGUCCAGCAGAGAUGGAAUACGCCAGCGUUCAAUACAAAAAAAAGAAGAAACAACAUGAACUCUCUCCGCCAGAGGAUUCUGUCUUUGGUGAAUUUGUCUAGAUCAAUUUUUCAUCACACCAGGCACAUCAGCCACAUACUACUUGCAAUAUUUAAUCUGAAUUUAGUACAAGAAACCAUGUUGUGUGUGUACACUCUUAAAACGAAUGUGUUGAAAACAAAACAACUUGCGUUGU